AUGGCGACCGCGGCUCCGGCGCGCUGCGUCACCGGCGACAACGCGGGUGACGUCACCACGCUCCGCCCCGCCCGCCCGGGACGGCCGCCGUGCGCAUGUGCGGCCUCCAGGCGCCUGGACAACCAGGGCUGCAGCCACAUCCAGCGGUUGCCCAGGACACUGCCCUGGGCACGGCCACAGCCUCCUCCAGCUGCCCAACAAGUGACCCCCUCCAUCAUCAGAAAGAUGGAAUCAAGGCCGGUGAAGAGAAAACAGAAAGCUGCCCAAUCACCUCCUGGGACACCUGCAGUGGAAGUUGAGGAGGAAGGUCCUGGACGUUCAGAGUCUUACUGCAAAUCCACAAGACAAAAUGCACGUCUGGUCCCCGAUUGCGAAAAACUGCCGGACCAUGAGGGAGUUGGCCUCAACCAAGUCAGCACAAAGAAAGCAAAGAGAAACAAAAGCUCCAAACGCAUUCGAUUUGCACCACAGAUCGGAAAAGACGGAUCUUGCAAUAGCUUUGUGGAGCAGCUUGUGAAGGAGGUCUCCGAAGGCAGGAGAAAAAGCUCAUUGAAAAAGAAAUGCAAGAAAAGCAAAAAGAAAGAGAAGGAUAAGAAGAAAGAGAAAUAUAGACAAGAGAAAGGCAUGGAAAAGCCCAAUUCUGUUCUGAACCAACAUCAGGCUCCCAAACACAUCACUGUGUGCAACAUUCCGGCUAAAUCCAAACGGAGAAAAUGCCUUCUUGGCGACUGUUCCUUGUCUGGAAAUCUCAUGGGAGUAAGGAAGAAGGAACACUGGGAGGAAGUCAAAUGUCUUCGAGCAGUCAGUGAUCCAUGGGCUACAGGUACAAAGGUCCACAGGCACUUGCGCCUCCCCACCCCUCAGGAAGGUCUUUACAGCCCGGCCAAUGGGAAGAGAAUGCAGCAGGAGGAGGAGCCAUGUGCAGGUUGGGAAAAAGCUUGUUGUAGAGAGAAGGCAAGACAAGACGCAUUGAAGGAGAGGCCAGCUGUCAGUCAGCACCGCCGGAUUCUUAACCCCUUCUGGCAGUCCCUCGCUCAGACCUCCAGACCUAAGGUGUCACUCGAUGAAUCGUGGCAUCGGUAUCUCGGUUGUCUAACUGGAGACCCCGGAAGCAAAAGGCUCCGUGGUGAGGACGAGGUGGACGGCCUUUGCUCCGAGAACAGCAGAGUGGCCCAUGGAGUGGAAACAAAUCCUGAAGUGACCGAGGAUUUCGUCAACAGUCAGGACCUCUUCAUCACACAGAAGACGUUCCUCCCCUUGGUGCAGUCUAACAGCACGGGCAGUUACUUGGUGGAGGAGAUGGUGGAGGAAGAUUGCAACGUGAUGGCUGGUGUGCUCCCCUCUGCCCUGGACCUGCCCAACAGCAAACUUUGUGACAAGGGGACACAAACUGCUGACUUCUUCAGCUCUCCAGCUGUGGCUACAUCCCUUCAGUUCUGCCAGAGGGCGAGAGGGGAGCACUGCUCUCAGGAGCCAGUUGACCUCAGUCUUCCCUCGAGGGUAAGAGCUAAAAUUGACUCUGACAUGAAAACCAGCCCCAACUCUCUCUGUCCGCAGGAGUGUUGCAGGGGUACAUCUCAUCAAGGCUUUGUAAAGUCACCGGACGCCCCAAACACUUGCCAGGUGCUCCUGUUGUCUCCUCUCUCUGAGGGAAAGAGGCAGGGCCUGAAGAACAGCUUCAUCCUCUCGCAAAGCAGAAGAUCCGACGACGGGAAGUACGUGCAGACCUUUCUGAACGAAUCUUACUUCUUUAAAGUCAAAGGCCAGCUGAAGACCAGAGACCCCAGAGCACCCUUGGUGAGAAAUAGACAGAAGAAGCAAAAGAUCUGAGAGCGAGAAGAUCUGGUUCCAGCGGCAAACAUCCAACUUGUUUAGUCAUCUGUAAUGUUUGUGUUUUUUGGACUCCUUCCUGACGCCACAAGUGCAGUCUACACAGUGUUUGGUGUGGGCAUUGUGGCUCGCACUGGUCACCAGAUCCAGCCUGCUGGGCUGACAUCCUGUUGUGAGAACCCAGAGUUAACGGAACAAGAACAACGCAAGCCCAUCGUGGGGGGGACCGGGUGACAAGGAUGAAAACCCCAUAGCACAGAACAAAGUUAGUGACAUCAGCACAGUGUGUGGGAAGGCUGCGGUAAGUGUAACAGGAAAUCUCCAUCUGUGUAUCAUCAUCCUUUAAUCAGUCUUGUGCUGUUCAUGGUCUUUAUAGAAAAUAUAGAAUUUUCACAGU